UGGAGGCGUCAAAGUCUUUAUGAUAUCCCGGGUCACAAACAAAGUCAUCAGGGGUGGUUUGAAAACGAUGAGACACAUUAACAGUGACUUCAUGGGGAGAAGCCUAGACCGGACCUUAAAACGUGUGGAACACUAGAUGAUACACUUUCACCAAUCUGGUAAAAAAAAAAAAAAAAAUCUAAAUUGUGCUCUAAGCUUGAUGUGCUUUUCUUGAGACUUUUGGCUGAUAUGGGUAACGGAAUAAAUAAGGUUCUGCCUCAUCUGUAUCUCGGAAAUGUCAAAGAUGCACGAGACAGGGAGCUAUUGGUGCAGCACAACAUCACCCACAUCCUGUCCAUCCAUGACACAGCUGCACCCAUCCUGGAGGACAUGACGUACCUGUGUAUAUCUGCUGCUGACAACAGGCUGCAAAACCUGAGUCAGUACUUCAGAGACAGCAUCAUGUUUAUCCACGAGUCCCGACUGAAAGGAGAGGGCUGCCUUGUUCACUGUGUGGCAGGAGUGUCCCGCAGUGUGACUCUGGUGGUGGCCUACAUCAUGACGGCGACGGGCCGUGGCUGGGUGGAGUCUCUGGCGGCGGUGAGGGCGGCUCGGCCGUGUGCGGGGCCCAACCUGGGCUUCCUCCGGCAGCUGGAGGAGUUUGAAAACAUAGAACUGGCAGAAUAUCGAGCCUGGUGGAAGGACCGAUACGGGAAGAACUCGUUCAACGAUGAUGAGGAGGUGGAAGCCCUUUUAACUCGGAAAUCUAACAGCAGCAAUACCAUUACGACCAGCAUCACUCCUGAACUGGGCACGAGUGGCACAUUAAAAAAUGUCUUCUGAGAGUCUCGUCUUCCCUGAACUCAGGCAGCCGAGGGGCUGGUGGGCUUCUGCUCGGACCAUUAAACCCACAAGGACCAGACCAGCUGUUUGCCUUCAUCAUCGAUCCUGCAGAGAGAAGCUAACGGAACACGUUCUGUAUCGAUGCUUGCAGAUGGGUUUAGGAGUCAUGUGAGUAGGAGGGAUUUUUCUUGGCAUUAUCUCGGCCCCCCUCGUUAAGUCAUGUCCUUGCCUCAAACUGUCAAAACAACAUGCAAGGGCAGUCAAGCAUGACACCAAGGAAAUAUGUACAUACGGUCCACAGUGAGAACACUUUUUGCUUUUAGUUAUGCUGUGUCUUCUACUUUAAAUAUGAGUAUCACACUUUUACAGAAUGUAUUUAUUUAUCAAAAGUGCUUGUUUAUUUUUGUUUGUAUUUUAAAGUGUAUUGUUCUCUCAAUUCAUGCCAUUAU